CAAAUCGGUAUCGUAUGGACGAAAACAGUAUCAUUUCCCAGUGUUGUCAGACGAGACAGAGUCAAACAUGUCCAACACGACAGAAGACAAGCAACACGGAAGUGUUGUCCAGGACAGCAAAACGUCAACAGACAGCAGGGCAUGCACAGGAAACCUAACAGAAACGGAUGCCUUUAUCCACAGCUCAUCUGUGGAUCCUUUAGCGGAGUAUACGACGAGCAACAAACGACGAGGCCUUGCUCUCAUUUUUAACCAGGAGCAUUUCUUCUGGCAUCUGCGGCUGAGCGUCAGGCAUGGAACCAACGCUGACCGCUACAACUUGGAGAGAAGACUGCUCAACCUGGGGUUUGAAGUCAAGGCUUAUGAUAACUACAAAGUGAAAGAAGUGCUAGAAGUUAUCAAGAAUGCUGCAGGAGACAACCAUUCUGAUUCAGACUGCUUUUUGCUCGCCUUCCUGAGCCACGGCGAGCAGGACCACGUUUAUACCUACGAUGAAAAGAUUAGUAUUCAGGAGAUCACAGCCAUGUUUAAAGGAGACAAGUGCAGAAGCCUCGUAGGAAAGCCCAAGAUCUUCAUAUUACAGGCGUGCCGCGGAGACAAGCAUGAUGACCCAGUGACCGCUUGUGAUGCUGUGGACAGUGAAAUAAAGACAAAUGAAGUGGUUGUGGACGCCGGUGCUGUAUACACCCUCCCUGCUGGAGCUGAUUUCAUCAUGUGCUAUUCUGUGGCUGAAGGCUACUAUUCCCACCGGGAGACCAUCAAUGGGUCAUGGUAUGUUCAGGAUCUGUGUGAGCUCCUUCACAAAUAUGGGAAUUCCCUGGAAUUCACAGAAAUACUCACGCUGGUCAACAGAAAGGUGUCCAUGAGAAGCGUUGGGAACUCCAGUGACCGAAAUGCCAUUGGGAAGAAGCAAGUACCUUGCUUUGCUUCAAUGCUCACCAAGAAACUAUACUUCCGACCAAAACAGUAACAGUUUCUCAUCUCAGUCAUUUCAUUUUCUAAUUUGCAGGGGCUUUUGGGGCAAAAAAAAAAAAAUGAUAGAAGUUCUUCUUUAGUCCUCUUCUGUAUGCUUGGCCGAUAUUCAAAUUUCAUUUUUCAAAUCAAAUCAGUGGCUAUAAAAUAACAGGAAGGUUCAUUUCCAUGAGUUGAAGAAAUGGGAAUGUUUCUGGGAUGUUUCUGGAAUGUUUCUGGGAUGAGUUGGCCUGAGGCCAUCACUUCAGUCCUGGAACCUCAUGUCAUUCACUGUGGGAGUUUCAGUUUCUUCUUGAAAAGCCAGAUUUCUUACCUGGGUGGAACCAUGACCUUUUAAAAACCCCUAUUUACAAGUGGGCUUUUAACGACCGCUGUAUCUCAUUUAUAACAGGUUUUACGUGCUGAUUUUAUCAGUUUGGACUUUUUUGGGCAGAUAAGGUUGUAAUGUAAUCUAAUACAACCACGCUAUCUUCUGUUUGGCCCAAAAUGCCCAGUUUAUGGGAGAGUCCAUAUUAAAUAUCAACUUAAUAAAGACUACAAGGUGAAUCAUGGUUUGCAUGGAUUGGAUUGCAGUGUUGUGUUAAAUGCCUUCCUGUCAUUUUAUCCAGCACAUAUUUGCACUUAUGUGAACCUGUAAGAAUACCAUGGACCACAUUCUGUACUUUUCACAGCUUUUUAGCUUUUAGCGUGCUUGUUUAAUCUAUUUUAACUAUUGUGGUAGCACAGGAAUGUUGUCUUUUUCUGUUACUCCAUCUGUUUUUUCUUAAUGAGUCAAGAAAAUGGGAGAAAUCUUUGCUCAGGCAAGACUUCUUUAAAUCAAACUCCCAUCUUUGCUGAAAAUGUCCAGUUGCAGGUACGACAGGUGUUAGCCAGUGUCUCCUGCGAGGCAGAUAAAGGAGCAGCCACAUGCUGUACGUCAGUGUUUCACACUAAACUUUGUUUCAGCUGUCACAGCACAUUAUCCAGGGACAAUGUAAUCAUGCAUUUUGUCCAAGCUCGCACUACCAAAAAGGGAAUUUGUGUUUGUGCCGUAGCAGCUCACAGUACUACAUUUAAUAUUGCGUAUUUGCACCCAAAAAACACUAGUGUGGAGAAUACCUCAGGGAGAUGGAGUAUCGUAUUAAACUCGUGCUGUGGAUCAAAACACCGUGAGCUGAUCUCUAACUCAGGAAAAACAAAACUACCAGCAGACGUACACUGAUCCUGUGUAUACCGUUAUACUUUCCAGGGUUUUUCUUUUUAAAUAAAUGAUUCUUUUGUGGCAAAAA